AUGCAGGAGAUUCGGGAUGUGCAGUCUACGAUCGACCGCAUCUUCUCAACCGGUAUCAGAGAUACUGACCCGCGAAAUGUACGGCGCCACGCCGGACUGUCCUUGUUCGAUCUGGUACUGCUGGGCAACUACAUCCUCAUGCGUGAGAUGGCAGUCCACAUCGAUGGCCGCAUCGAGUUCGUUCCCGCAGACCCCCAGGUUCGCGCGACAAGAUCUCCCACCCCUAUGCACGACCUCAUUCUCAUCUUGGAAGACCUGAGCCCAAAAAAUCUCUCCGCGGACGUGCUCGAAGCAAACGAGAACCUCUUUUUACAGCAAGUCGGCAUGUCCUCGCUACACCAGAGACCCACAAGCGGGCGACUUGAUCUCUCCAAGCGACUCUCUCCCGUGGCGCUCCAAGCUCUGGAAGUAUGGCCCUCUCCUGAAAUUGAAGAAGAGUAUCGUGCCCUGGAGGUCAAGGCCGCAGCCGUGCGUAGCUCAUUCUUCGCAAAUCCGAGACAUGCCCAGGUCAUUCCCCGGAAGAAGAUCCUCGAUAUCCUGGACCUUGACCGCACUCUUGAACGCCCUUCGAUGUUUCAUCACAAAUGA